AUGGCAGCUCCAACCCUAUCCAACCCCGGCACUGUCGUCACUCGUCCCGCCUAUCUCGCGCACAUCGUUCUGCAGACCCAGCCAUCCAACUACCAAGCCAUGACCUCCUUCUACAAGACCUUCCUCAACGCCACCAUUAGCCAUGAAAACGACUUCAUCUCGUUCCUGACAUACGACUCGGAGCACCACCGCGUCGCCAUCAUCGCCGUGCGUACCGUUGGCCCCAAGGCAGCGAACACGUCGGGCCUGCGCCAUUUCGCCUUCACGUUCGCCACGCUCGAGGACCUGGCGCUGGCGUACCUGCAGCGGAAGGCGAACGGUAUCGUGCCGCUCUGGUGCGUCAAUCAUGGGCCGACGACAAGUAUGUAUUAUGCCGAUCCGGAUGGUAAUGAGGUCGAGACGCAGGUUGAUAAUUUCGACUCGGCGGACGAGGCGAAUGCGUACAUGCGGUCAGACGAGUUCAGGACCAACCCCAUAGGUGCCGAGUUUGAUCCGGAGGAGCUGGUACGGAGGCUGAAGGCCGGGGAGGAUGAGAGGGUGAUCAAGAAGAGGGCCAAUGUUGGACCGAGGAACGUGGAGGCCAUCAGACCCAUCUGA